AUGACAGGAAGAAAAAAAGAUUCUGGUGAUGAUGAUUAUAAUGAUCAUGGUUAUGACGACUGCGAUGGAGGAAAUACCAAUAGUUCUGAAGAUGUUCUACAAUUUUUACUGAGUACAGCCAAUUCAUCAACGUCGUCAUCACCAUCGUCAACUUCAUUACUGUCAGCAUCUUCUUCAUCAUCACCACCUUUAAAUGGCGCAACUCAAGGCUUUCGAAUCAAGAACCAGGAAAAAAUAGAGAUUGAUUUGGAUGAAACGAGGAGUGAGUUGUUGCGUAUUCUUCAGAGCCAAAUACACGUCGAGGAAGAUGCAACCACACAUGAAAAACUUCAGACUAUUACGGAGGUGAAAUUCAGAGCCGCUUUAGACGAAGUGUUGAAACGACAGCUUAAUCAGGCAAGAUUAAAUCAUCUGGAAGUUGUAUAUAUUUCGUUUUCAGCGAGUACGUUAAGUUCUCAGUUGGUAUGUCAAUUUUUCGUAUUUGGCACAUUGUUUGGUGUGGUAUGUUCAAUAUCUACUUGUACCUGUUGCUUGAAACCGCGCUCAGACAGACGGAAUGCAGGUCUUUCAGAGGUAAAUCCUACCAAUGUUCCUGCACCAAUUGACUAUAGUAAGCCCUAUAUGCUUAAGUGUGAUUCUCGUGGUUCAUGCUAUGCGAGUCCAUUAAGUGAUGACGAGGUUCCACCACUGCCAUCGUACGCUGACGCGUUGGAGUGUGCACGGCAACCGACCCCAACAAAGCAUUCCAAGUCCAACGACGACAUAAAUGUUGUUUGA